GAAGGGAGCCUGCUGCUCGCACCAGGCGGAGUGACCCGAGGCACAUUGCCCCCUUCCCAAAAAGGAAAAAUCUAUGGUUCUUUCUCCAAGUUGUAGAAGAUACUGCUGUUUUAGUGGGAUCGCAGGCAGCUUUUGCUACACUCUAAAUCCUAAAUGGUUCGAGGGAGGGCAUGGAGGCAGCCACCUAGCUCAGCCGAGACACGGAGCCCACAGUAGCGCCCUCCGGAGCCCUAAGACCUUCGCUGCCACCAUCCGCGCCGAGAGUCCUCAGCCGAGCUCGGCCGCCCGCAGGACGCUCCAGGAGCGUCGCGGACCGGGCGGCGCGGGACGCUGCGGGGCUGAGCUCAAGAGCCCAGGUUCGCGCCGAGUCCAACCGGACACGGACGCUGCGCGCGGAGAGCGCGCCCUCCCGGAUGCGGACGCGCAACUUGAAGCAACUUUAAGGUGAGCAGCUCUCUGUUCCGUCCCUGCACCCGGUUCUUGCCCCAGGCCGGACUGACUUCCCGGCUAUCCUAGCGCCGUUCGGCCGCUUCCCCUCCUGCGCCCCCUGGCUGGGUCCCACUAAGCCCGCAAAGUUGCUGGCUCAAGAGCGCGGGCGCCGGCUGAUCGAGCGCCGCAGCCCCCACCCCCGACCCCCGAAGUCUGUUACUCGGCCUGGCUGACCCCGCCGGUGUCUCUGUGCACCCAUGCUACCUCCUCUUAUUACCUCCCCCUUCCCAGAUCCGAGUAGUCCGCCGGCCCGCGCGGAUCCAGAGCAAGAAGAGGGCGAGGAAGAAGAUGCCUCGGCCCGGCCGUAACACGUACAGCGACCAGAAGCCGCCCUACUCGUACAUCUCGCUGACCGCUAUGGCCAUCCAGAGCUCUCCCGAGAAGAUGCUGCCGCUGAGCGAGAUCUACAAGUUCAUCAUGGACCGCUUCCCCUACUACAGGGAGAACACGCAGCGCUGGCAGAACAGCCUGCGCCACAACCUCUCCUUCAACGACUGCUUCAUCAAGAUCCCGCGGCGGCCAGACCAGCCAGGCAAGGGCAGCUUCUGGGCGCUGCACCCCAGCUGCGGGGACAUGUUCGAGAACGGCAGCUUCCUGAGGCGCCGCAAGCGCUUCAAGGUGCUUAAGUCCGACCACCUGGCGCCCAGCAAGCCAGCCGACGCGGCGCAGUACCUGCAGCAGCAGGCCAAGCUGCGGCUCAGCGCGCUGGCGGCCUCGGGCACGCACCUGCCACAGAUGCCCGCUGCCGCCUACAACUUGGGCGGCGUGGCGCAGCCCUCGGGCUUCAAGCACCCCUUCGCCAUCGAGAACAUCAUCGCGCGGGAAUACAAGAUGCCUGGGGGACUGGCCUUCUCCGCCAUGCAGCCGGUGCCCGCUGCCUACCCGCUCCCCAACCAGUUGACUACCAUGGGCAGCUCUCUGGGCACCGGCUGGCCACACGUGUAUGGCUCCGCCGGCAUGAUCGACUCGGCCACCCCCAUCUCCAUGGCGAGUGGCGACUACAGCGCCUACGGCGUGCCGUUGAAGCCGCUGUGCCACGCGGCGGGCCAGACGCUGCCCGCCAUCCCCGUGCCCAUUAAGCCCACGCCGGCCGCCGUGCCCGCGCUCCCUGCGCUGCCAGCGCCCAUCCCCACCUUGCUCUCGAACUCGCCGCCCUCGCUCAGCCCAACGUCCUCCCAAACAGCCACCAGCCAAAGCAGCCCCGCCACCCCCAGCGAAACGCUCACCAGCCCGGCCUCCGCCUUGCACUCGGUGGCUGUGCACUGACCCGCAGGAGCCGACGCCCCCUCUCGUUCUCCUCCCCACCACCUCACUCGCCUUCCCUGGCUCCCAGCCCUGCCCGCCGCAACCUGGAACCGCCACCCUAACUUAUCCCUUUCGCCUUCGGCCAACCCGUCUUGCCCCAAGAGAACUUUGUUUUGGACCCAGGAGACAAAACACAAACUUGCAAAUGGGCCGGGAGGCGCGUAGGAGUUGUCCUAGUCCCCACGUCAGGGAAGGCCGGGGCCACCUGAGCCGAGCCAUCCCCUCCCUGAGGCCCCGAAACCCCCUCCCAUUUGACUGGCGGGGGAAAUCCUGUCACCCUCUCUUCGCCGAGAAAAGCGCGUCUUCCCUCCGCCCAGAUCGGCGGAGCCCCGAACUCUGCGCAGUUUCGAGACUAGAGAAACUGCCUCAGAUGUUUCCAGGAACAGAUCCCCCCCACACCCCCUCCCCGCGAGGGCUGCAACCGCGCAGGGGAGGGCCGGAUCUCUUUACGUCUUGGAAAUCUGCAGCAAAAAGGAGCCACUAAUCUUCCUACCCCACUCGCCUCCGCCCAUCCGGCAGGGGCUGGGCAGACCACAACUUCCCGGGGUUGCGGCCCGGCCUCCUGGGCUUCUGCGGAGAUUUUGUUGUUGUUGUUUGGGGUUUUGUUUCCUUCCAGAGGCUCCAGGCGCUGGGAGUUAGGAAAGAGGCUGCCAAGCUGAGAAGGCAACGCUUGUCCUCACACAGCAAAACAAAACUAAAAGUAACCUUGUAUUGUUUACAAAGCGCCCAGUAAUAUGUAAACAAUGACCUUGAAUCUGCCUUGCUAGGCGGACGAAUGGGCAAAGCCCACAUUAUAAGUACCUGUUGUAAUGUGAAUGUUUACUCUUCAUUUCUGGCCAGGUUUAGGGGAGGGAAGUGGGGAUGGGAAAGUUAAUUGGGAUGUUAACUUUCCGAUUACUUAGAGACCUUUUUAGCUAUUUAUUUUAUUGUUGGAAAAAAAGAAAGAAAGAAAAUGAAAUAAGCCCAAACCAAGAAAGCAUCAAGGGCAACCCGGGAAGAACUUAGAUAAGCUGACUGAUAACAUGAAGGGAUGUCACCGGAUAGCUCUCCCACGGACAAGUCUUUCUGUUUGCUACCAGAACUUUUCCAAGAAGCUAAAGGGCUGCAAAGAGAUGUAAAUACUUGUGAAUAGGAAUGAUUAUACACUGUGUAAAAUGCACUUUUGUUUGUCGUAUUCCUUUAGACUCUUAGAUAAUUGGCUGGAAAACGAACUGUUGUUCUGGUGUGACCUGCUUAAGUUAAAAAAAAAAAAGUUGUAGUGUCAUCAGAGCUGUAAAAUUUUUACCUAUCAUUUUUCCCUCCCUGUACAGAAUUAGCAUGGCAUUUUAAAUAUUGAUGUUCUUGUUCCCAGCAUGCCUGUUUUAAAACAAAGGAUUAAAAAAAGGGGGGGGGCGUCUACAUUAAAUUAUGACCUAGUCCAAAUAAUAUUUUCUCAUUAAAAUAUGUAAA